AUGGCUCCUACACGACGAACAUCCGCACGUCAGCAACUGAAGACCCCUAAUACCGUUAACGUUACACAUGCAGAGCAGGCGACUGCGGAUGAGCACAUAAUAACUCCGGUUACAGAUGAUCAUAUAGCGUCAACUUCUGCUUUGCACUCUUCUGCGUGCCGUGGCGAUGACCAACCCGGCACCUCUGCAAAGGCAGCAAAAACACCCAGGCGAGGCAACCUUAGCAGGCGUUCUAAAAAAGCCUCACCUGCUAAGGGGAAACGGGAGCAGGAUUCCAUUGAGUGCACCUCCUUGGGGGAGAAGCAGCUGGCGUCUACUUCAACCUCUGCUUUGCACAUUUCUGAGUGCCGUGGCGAUGACCGACCCGGCAGCUUUGCUAAGCGUGCCAAAAUAAAAUGGCGAGGCAACUUUAGCAGGCGUUCUAAAAGAGCCUCUGCGACAAAGAGAAAGCGGGAGGAGGAAACCGAGGUAGAGGCCGCUUUGAGGCUUUCCAGUCAAUCUCAACGGAGGCAGUAUGUUUUGUCACAUGAAACGCUUGGUGAGCGUAACUACCGUUUGUACUGCAAAUCAGUUUACACAUAUUCGUUGAAAAGUAAGAGAAAACUACCUAAACGCUUGCAAGACAACAAAAAAGCGGCUUCAUCACAAGCGCUUUUGCGGUCUCGACAGAGUCCACAUCGAAAAGCGACUCGCAAUGCAGCCGACGCCGCUGCAACUUCCAUUCGACGGUCCCAGGAGACCACGGCUAAGAAAACCGCACGUAACGCAGCGAAAGCUGUGGCAACGUCCAUUCUACGGUCCCAGGAAUCCAUGGCCGAGAAAAUCGCACGCCAUGCAGCCUACGCCGCUGCAACUUCUGCUGCAAGGGCGACGGAAAGUUCCGCGCAAAAGCGCACAAGGCGGCAACGCGAUGCAAUUUCAACUUACGCUGCUAGAGCUGUAGAAGAACCUACUGAAAGGUUGAAGACUGUUAACCAGCGCCGCCAUGCACAGCAAUGGCUCUGUAGCCCACCAAAGCAGUUUUGGUUUAAGCUGGUGUUCAACUAUGAGACAGUUUUGAGGCUUUCCGGUCGCAAAGACCGGCCAAAAAAUGGCCUGGAGAAUCUGCAGCUACCUGCUCCGUUGAAAGCUCUGUUGGAGGGUUCCAGUCCAGACUCCAAAUAUUUCCUCGCAAAAAUCAGAAAGCACAAUUGUGCCAUCCAGAUGACCUCUUUUGGUGGUAAUGCCUUCCGCGAAGUCGGUUGGAAUCCCACCUUCAAGGUUCAAGGUCAGGUUUACCACCAGAUUGUGUCUCUUUUGCCGGAAACUGUCACUGAUUCGGCCUUUCUACAAAUAUACUUCAUAGCUGAUUACAAUCAACAGGCAGAUGCCCGCAUAGGCAUUAUUCCCGAGAACGAUACAGGCCAGGACAAUCAUCCUCGCAGGGAUAUCAUAAUGUGUCUCCAACAAAUGCCCCACGAGAUAAACAGCUAUGUCCGCAGUUUUAAGCAUGCUCUCGAAAAUACCACUUCUUCUGAUUUCAUUAUUGUAAUUGAUGCUGACAAACGGCCUCAGGGAGAGCACGAACGUCGUUACAAUGCUCCCGCAAGUAACGAAGUUUCCGUCAUUGUCAGCGGUGAUCAGCACAACAGACGUGACAUUGUUAUCGAAUCGCGCGGCAGUGGGCUCCGAAGAAUCAGUGAAACGCACCGGCCCUACGAUGCACUGCAAUACCUACUUCUCUUCCCUUACGGAGAAGAUGGGUACCACUUUGGCAUUCUGCAAAAUGGGUCCACCUUAAAAACAGUGUCUUGCAGGGCUUUCUACACCUACCUAUUGAUGAUGUGCAUACUACCUGCAACGUUCACAGGCAGUCCACGAUACAUGCACGCGAGGACGCAAAACGCGAUGACAUACGUUCGUAAGUACGGCCGACCAGACCUAUUCAUAACUUUCACGUGUAACCCAAAAUGGUACGCAAUUGUUAAAGAACUCAUGCCAGGGCAAUCGGCCUACGACCGUCCAGACCUCAUUGCGCGCGUUUACCAUCUGAAGUUGGGAAAGCUAAUGGAUGUGAUUAAAAAGGGCCAGGUUUUGGGGGCUGUUUGCUGUCGCAUGCACACUAUUGAGUGGCAGAAACGCGGCCUGCCUCACGCACAUAUACUAAUUUGGCUGUGCGACAAGAUUGAGGCCACAGAAAUCGAUCAUCUUAUUUCUGCUGAAAUUCCUGAUCUGUCGGCUGACCCUGAAUUGUACGAAAUAGUGAUAACCAACAUGAUUCAUGGUCCCUGCGGGUCGCAUUACACCAGCUGUCACAACAGCGACGGCAAAUGCACCCGGCAGUACCCACGAGAUUUCGUGAGCGAAACCAUUACAGGGAGCGAUGAUUAUCCACUGUACCGGCGAAGGAGUCCCGCUGAGGGAGGAUUUACAGCCGUGGAAGGUUCCGUAGACGAAAUCCAGGACUUCCUUGCAGGGCGCGUCAUUAGCAUCACAGAGGGCCCUUGGCACAUAUUCAGCUUCCCCAUCCACGAACGCUUCCCAGCAACCGAGGGCUAUCCAGGUGUCAAAAAAGACGCCACACUCGGAAGGGUAUUCACGGUUCCCCCAUCGCGACAGGAAUGUUUUUAUUUGCGACUCCUUUUGCACGAGGUUAGUGGUCCAACGAGCUACAAUAACUUACGGACGGUUAAUGGAGUUUUAUGUGACACUUUUCGUAAGGCCUGCCUCCGUCUCGGCCUUUUGGAAGACGACAGCCAGUGGGAUGCCACAAUGGCUGAGGGAGCUCUUUUAAAAAUGCCCUCUGCUUUGCGCCACCUCUUCACCACAAUCUUACAAAUGUGCGAACCCAGUGAUUCCAAAUCACUUUGA